GGCGCGGAAGGCCGGCGUUACGAAGAGGGGGGCCGGUAGCACUUUCAUGUCGGACGCAGUAGAGACCAUGCAGGUGGGAAAGACCAUUUCAUAAAUGAAGCGGGGGGGGAGGGGAGGGGGAGUCGUUGCUAAGCGACCAACGGCUUCGCGUGGUUGCCAGGAUCCUCCCGUGGUUCCUUCCCGGGCGAGAGUACCCCCGACUCCUUGAUCCUUAGAAAAUUCCCUUUUCCCAGACCUAGCCACCACACCCCGGUGCUUGUCUCCAAUAUGAAAGGCACGAUCUCCUUCCCCUGGCAGUCCUUUCUCCUCAUCCCAGGCGUGCAAGGAGUCUUGGGUGCAAUUUCUUAGCAUUUGGGGGGAAAUAAGAGUGCCUCUGGGUGCGUGCAGACUGCCGGACUUUGCACAUGUUUAGAGGCAUUCUCUUCUUUAAAAACAACUCCAGAGUUGAGCUCUACCUCAAAUUAUGCCACUGCCACUCACUCAAAAGACCUCACUACAGUGGUACCUCAGGUUACAUACGCUUCAGGUUACAUACGCUUCAGGUUACAGACUCCACUAACCCAGAAAUAGUACUUCGGGUUAAGAACUUUGCUUCAGGAUGAGAACAGAAAUCGUGGUCCGGCGGCGUGGCGGCAGCAGGAGGCCCCAUUAGCGAAAGUGGUUCUUCAGGUUAAGAACAGUUUCAGGUUAAGAAUGGACCUCUGGAACGAAUUAAGUACUUAACCUGAGGUACCACUGUAAUGAGGGAGAUACUCCUACCACCACUCCAACAAGUUCUCAAAAGCUUUCUUAGCUUUGUUGUACUAACCCUAUUUAUCUUGUACGUUAUUCCAAUCUGCACCCCAAUUUAAUUAUUCCCCCACCCCAAUAUGAUAACAUUCCCUGUGCCUAUCGGAGAAUGUGAUACUAAUGCCCUCAUACCAAGAUGAAGGUCCAUGCUGCUUUGUGGAAGUGAGUUGUGGGUAACUUAUACCUGCCAGGAGCUAUGCCUCAACGGCUCCCGCAUGCCAGGAAGAUUUUGGACAUCACAUGGCAGGACAGUCUCAAGAUGUGUUCUCCCAGUGGACACACAUGUCCCAUGUGUGUUUAAGGCAGUAUUUUCCUAAAUGUUAAGAGUUCUCCAUGUGAACACACUAUGAAUGCAUUGGCUGUAUAAAGUCUGAAACACCUCUGCUUGUCUGAGAGUUAGGUGGGAAUCCAAUUCAAGCUGCUGGUUUUGACCGGUCAUGCCCUAAACUAUUAGUACAUGACACAUCCAUUCCUGUGUUCCACUGUCGUCUCUUAGUCUACUAAAAGUAGUUAGGAAUUAUUGCAGUCUUCCUAUGCAUAACGUAGACCAUUGCAACCGUUGUCUUUUUAAAGUUCUUUCAUAACUGGAGCCAGGGUUAAGCAGGUAUAUGCUUAUUUUAGAUCAAUAUAAUGUUUUAGUAAGUUAAUAUAUAAUUGCAUACUGGUGCUUUUGGACUCUGGUUUUUAUAUUGUUACCUUCAACCGGGUCUCUAGAUGGUGUGUGUGUUUAUGUAGAAAUUCAGCAAGUCAAUAAAGUAGGUGACUUCAUUGGUCUUUAGUUUUCCUUGGGACUUCUCACUCUCUCUUUGUAUUUCAACAGGACUAUCAGAACUUGCCAAUUGACAUACAGACUAGCAAGCUGCUUGGUAUGUCUCUUCUCAGUCAUAUCAAAAAGAAAAGAGGAGGGGAAAUGGAGGGCAGCUCUAUCUUAAAGUUGCUGGGCAGUCACUUUUUAAAAGGGCGGAUAUUUAUUUUAAAACCUUGCCCGUUACAGUGAAGUAGAUUCCUUGGGAUAGGAAGUGGCCCUCUCAUGUGUUUAAUGCGGCUGCUUCCUUUCUGCAGAUUGGCUAGUGGACAGAAGACACUGUAGCCUGAAAUGGCAAGGCCAGGUCCGCACCGUCCGCGAGAAGAUUGUCUUGGCCAUGCAAGACAUGCCUGAGAAUGAAGAGAUCAAGCAGCUUCUCUCUGGUUCCUGUGAGUAUUUGUGAUGGCUAGCCAUGGGGAAAAAUUCGGAACGUAGGAAAAAACCAUAUGCUCAGUAAGAGUUUCAGACAGGGAACAUUCCAAGCCCUAUCUGGAUAUGUGGUUCUUCUUCAUUCAGAUUUCUCAGGGCUGAGCACAUCAAGUGCCUGGGAUUUUCCUUGCCUUUUUAGGGGAAACAAGAUGAGACUCGCAAAAGAGUCAUCAGAAUCUCACAGUCCUCUUCUCUCUCUCUUUCUCUGAUUGCAGAUAUUCACUAUUUUCACUGCCAGCAGAUUGUGGAAAUCCUUAAGCGGACAGAAGCCUCCACGAAAAACAUCUUUGGCCGUUACUCUUCUCAGCGUAUGAAGGCGAGUGAGCAUGGAGGGAAAGAGUUACAUCUCUAGCCCCUCUUCCAAGGACCGUUCCUAUGGGGUCUAGGCAAUCUCUGCAGCGUGGAUAUCUGUGGAGAAAGGGGGGGGGAUAGAAACCCUAGACCCAGGGUUAGUGCUACCCUACAGAUAUUGGUGGACUACAGUUCCUGUCAUCUCUACCAUGCUGAACAAUAUAACACAAUACAAUGGCCAAUAACAAUGGCACUAAACACUAUUUAUAGACUAAUACAAAUGAUCAGAAAUUACAACCAAAGUCUCUAAAUCUUCUUCACCAGUCACGGUAGAAUAAUUCAAAAGUUCGAUAUAUACAAUCCGUCACCAAAUCGCCAGAACAGAGCUUCCGGAUAACCAAUCUGUUUCGUUCUUACAAGUCUGGCUGAUGAAGAAUUGAUCAAGAUUGGCUGAUGAAGCAUUGAACAAAACAGAUGUAUUCGUCUAUAAAUAGUGUUUAGUGCCAUUGUUAUUGGCCAUCGUGUUGUGUUAUAUUGUUCAACUUGUCUAUAUUGCAACACAGGGGUCUGUUUACGGAUCUCUGCCAUGCUGGCUGGGGCUGAUGAGAGUUGACGGGUAAAGUAUGAGUAUAAAUGCAUGUAUUAAUGGAAGCAACACACAAAAUGCAUUCAAUUAGGAGAAGCUGCAUUGUAAAAAUUUGUAUAUUAGAUAAGACUGCUUACAAAAAUGUGCAUAUUAGAGAAAUUGACACUAAAAUGCUGAUGAAUUUUCAUGGGGACCUCUUUUUUUGUGGGGGGAAUCACAAACUGAUGUGUAAAUGUAGAAAACUGAAUUUACUAUUUAAAAAAAGAGAGAGAAUGGAGAAUUAACAUAUUCCCUAGUUCCUACUCAUCCCCCUCUCUUAUCCUGUCUCAUUUUCCCAGGACUGGCAAGAAAUAAUAUCGCUGUAUGAAAAGGAUAACACCUACUUGGGUAAGACAACCUCCAUGUGUGGUACAGAGACACACACACCAUCUGGACAUAGUGUGUGUCCAUAGUGUGAGAAAUAGUGAUAACUCAUUUCUGUGAGCAGUUUUCUGUGACCAGGGUCCUUGUCAGUUUUGUAGUUGAACUCUUCAUACCACUAAAUAUCCUCAUAAAAGUAGAAUCAUAAAAUUGCAGAGUUGUCCUCUAAUCCAACUCCCUGCAAUGCAGGAAUCUCAGCAUGUGGUUCCCCGUCCAACUUGAAACCAUAUUCGACCCUGCUUAGCUUUGCAAAUAUGCUAGCAGUUUUAUUGGUGCACCACUAAGAGGUGCUACUAUUCUAGUCUUACUGCUGGGAAAGUAGCAAGUACCAGUAGCAAGUUCCCUUAUAACAAGUGCGGGGAACCUGCGCCUUCCAGGCGUUACUGGACUCCAACUCCCAUCAGCCUCAGCCAACAUGGCCAAUGGUUAGCAAUGAUAGGAGCUGUAGUCCAGCAACUUCUGAAGGGCUGCAGGCACCCCCUCUUUGCCUUUCUGGAUCAGACCAAGGAUCCGUUUAGCCUAGCACUCUGCCUUCCACAGUGUCGCAGCCAGAUGGCCGUAGAAAGCUCACAAGCCAAGUACAGCGUAGAGAGUCGUUCCUUCUUUGUCACAGCACAGAAAUAAAAAAGAUUCGGAAGACUUGGAAAACAGCAAACUCGGGCUCUAGUUCUUAUAAUGACCAGCUGGAAUGGAAAGGCAUUCAAGGGGAGGAGGAGCCAAAACUUGCUGAUCUCUUAACUCAGUGGCCCUGCUUCCCUUCUCUUCCUCCUCCUGGUGUAAUGAUUGCAAUGAUGUGGCAUUUGAUGGCAGGAGAAGCCUGACGGAGCUGACAUGUCAGCAGAAACGAAGGUGGCUCUGCUUCCUCUGCUGAAGCCUGAUGUACUGGAUAAAACUUGCCUGUUACAAAUGGGGUGCAGGAUUUUAUAGGGUGCGAGUUAAGCCGCGGUGAGCUACCCUAGAUCCGCUAAAAUGUACACGUAACACUCAACCUGCGGUGUCUUUUCUUCUUCUGCAGUAGAACUGGCCAGCCUCCUGGUGCGGAAUGUCAGCUACGAAAUCCCAUCCCUCAAGAAGCAGAUCAGCAAGUGCCAACAACUGCAGCAGGAAUACAGCCGCAAGGAGGAGGAGUGCCAGCUGGCGGCCGCCGAGACGAGGGAGCGCUUCUACAGUUCCUGCAAGCAGUAUGGCAUUACGGUACAGAGUGCACCUCUCCCAGUCCCACCACUCGUAAUCGCUUUUGCGAUUAAUGGCAGAAUGCCAGUCUUGGUCAGAGCCACGGAAGUGCCCCUCAAACCUUUUUUGCUGCCUGAACAAUAGUCAUCAGGAGCAGCCUCAGGAGUCAGCAUGGAUGAGUACCUUGCUAAGGUGCGCAGCUCAACAUGUGGACAUGUGGCCCCAAGCCAUUUCCUGGCUGGCAAAUCUGAAUUGUUUGUGGUUAAACCCAGCCCGGUUUUGCAGCCAGCGCUGUCCAGGCGUUCUGUCAAAAUAACCCGUUCUGAAGCUUCAAAUACUGCACUGAAAAUGAACAAUGCUAAACAAAAUCAGUGCAGGUGUGAUUGUUCUGUGAUGCUUCCCUCAAUUUGCCUCAUUCAUUCAGACUCAGUAGUGCCUAAACUAUUUUAACUGGAGAUGUUAGAAGAGAAAUGAUGGCAAGAGGGAGGCUGGGCUUACUCUGAAACAGGCCUUAGGCCUGAAACCCAUUCUCAGCCCUAGCAGAGAAUGGAAGGAUGUAAAGAAGGCUAUGUUUCUGAGUGCCUUUUUUCUCAUCACUUGGUGGCCAUUGCAAGACCCUGCAGAUCUGGGUUUAAGGAGAACGACUUCCAGGUUACGGAGCGUUACUUCCAGGAACCUUUGACUAUCUCUGCUCCUAUCGAGAAGGAAUAGAGGGGAUUCAUAGGUAAUAAAUAGGAAUAUAAAUUCUAGCCCUCAAAUGCUGAAGCAUCAUGUAGACAUUGCCUGUUUUCAGAUAUAUUUUGCCAACAUAAAGGCUAGGAAAUUGCUUUUCAACAAUCCAGACCAAGCAGAAUUAUGCUGUGCACAGAAUCUCAAAUGAUUAACAGCACCAUCAUUCAAUUUCUCCCAGCACUGCCUUGCUCAGCCAUCUAGCAUAUAUUUUCCCCUCUGCAUUGUACUGCUUUAUUGGCCUGUUGUUUUGCUUCAUAUUAUUGAGAUUUUGGACUUCCAGUUCUUUUUUUUUUUUUAAAGCAAGUUUCUAUACUUUUGGAUAAAAAUAUGGAAAUGUGUGGGCAGAUUCAGAAGAAAGCUCUGAAACCUUCCGGGGGCUUGGACAGACUUUCUCUUGCGUAACAAAAAGACUUGUAGCACCAUAGAGACUAAGAAAUGUAUUAUGGUAUAAGCUCUUGUGAACCAGAGCCCACUACAUCUAAUACAAGCCUUUUGGGCUUGCCAAUCAGAAGGUUGGCGGUUCGAAUCCCUGUAACGGAGUGAGCUCCCAUUGUUCUGUCCCAGCUCCUGCCAACCUAGCAGUUCGAAAGCAUCCCAGUGCAAGUAGAUAAAUAGGUUCCAAUGCGGCAGGAAGUUAAAGGCGUUUCCAUGCGCUCUGGUUUCCGUCACGGUGUCCCAUUGCGCCAGAAGCGGUUUAUUCAUGCUGGCCACAUGACCCAGAAAGCUGUCUGUGGACAAACGCCGGCUCCCUCGGCCUGAAAGUGAGAUGGGCGCCACACUCCAUAAUCACCUUUGACUGGACUUAACCAUCCAGGGGUCCUUUCCCUUUUUAAAAAAUUUACAUCUGAUGAAUGGAGUGUGAUCCUCAGUUGUCAGUUAUAGAUACACAUUGGUUUAAAGUGGGGCAGGGAAAAGGGUGAAUGUAAAGGUUGGCGUUUAAGUGGCAGUGGGAUGCAGAAAUAUAGUCUGUGUCAAUUCAGCUAGAGCUUAAAAAGGUAAAGGGACCCCUGACCAUUAGGUCCAGUCGUGACCAACUCUGGGGUUGCGGCGCUCAUCUCGCUUUAUUGGCCGAGGGAGCCGGCAUACAGCUUCCGGGUCAUGUGGCCAGCAUGACUAAGCCACUUCUGGCGAACCAGAGCAGCGCAUGGAAACGCCGUUUACCUUCCCGCCGGAGCGGUUCCUAUUUAUCUACUUGCACUUUGACGUGCUUUCAAACUGCUAGGUUGGCAGGAGCAGGGACUGAGCAACGGGAGCUCACCCCGUUGUGGGGAUUCAAACCGCCGACCUUCUGAUUGGCAAGUCCUAGGCUCUGUGGUUUAACCCACAGUGCCACCCUCAUCCCCAAUUAGAUCUUAAAUGUAUGCAAAACGAUCCUUCACAGCAGCAGUAAUUUGUGAGAACACUAUCAUAUUGAACAGUGUUUGACUGGUCUUAUAUCUCUGUUUUUUCCAGGGGGAUGACGUACGCCAGGAGCUUCUGGCUUUGGUGAAAGACCUGCCAUCACAGCUUGAUGAGACUGGGGCUGGUGCCAAGGGGCUUUUGGAAGCCAUCAACCUAUACCAGGCCUGUGUGCAGUUUGUGUGCGACAGGUAGGGGCUAGUAAGCUGAGAAGGUUCUAGAAUUCCUUUUUUUGCUUUGCUUUGCUGUCCUGUGGGUCUGACAAGUGUGCAGUCCCCAGAAUCUUUGGUUUAGAAGGAUCUGAGAAUGCAGGAUUGUGAAGGAGUGCUGCCUGAACCCUUGAAUUGCAGCUGAUGGUUGGAGUGGACAGCACUGGGCUCAGUGGACCAAUUGGGGUGACUCACUAGGGCAACAUCAAAGCAUCCAGGACAUGUAACAGGCAGGGGUGGGGGAGAACUUUUCUCCUGGCUGCAUUCCCUCAGGGGUCAUGGGCCACAUGGUUGUGGUGGGUGGGGUCAAAGCCCAAAGUGGGCAGAGCCCAGAGCCAAAGGUGGGUGGGAUCUGCAACCUUGCAGGAUUCCAUAGCAAUUGAUCUCUGCCACCAUCUUCAAUGCAGGGCUGCUUUCAGUUUGCAAGCAUAGGCAGCCACCGAUUUAGGCGUAACCAAAUGACUCACGAUCGUGCGCACGGUACCGAACCUGGAAGUAGCCCUCAAAUGCCACAAAGACAUCACAAAAAAGGUUGUGUGUAUUUGAAACUGUGGGCAGCAUUAAGAUAAAUUCAACAGUGUAAAUAAGUUUUGAUGAGUGUAAUAAUGGAAUACUGAAUGGUUUCGUUUAUAUAAAAUAUGCAGGGAUUUAUGUUUUGCAAAAUGAACUGUGGAAAGAGAAGAAGGGAAGUCAUUGAUAUUUUAAGGUUGUUUGAAUGAAUCUUCUAAAACGUAAAACAGAAAACAUAAUAAAAAUUAUGGAAGAAAUAAUAAUAAAGACGUCACAAACAAGAGGUGGAGCAGGCUUACGAGUGCUCCGCCGAUGGACGCAGGGGUCUGGAAGAUAACCCCUGUGCAAAACGAGGAUUACCUGUAUUCCCAAGAGUCAAGAGAUAUUCUCUAGUUUGCUAACUGCAGCAAGUUGCAGUCACUAUAAGGCAGUCUUGAGCCCAGGGACAGACAUCUUGACUGCCUGCAUUUGCUUGCUGAUCUCUUGCCUUCCAGUUCCGCAGAGCAGGUUGUCCCCUUACUGAGGCACGUGCAGGCUCUGGGCAACACCACCGUGUACGAGUGGAGGCGAGGGGUGAAGCCAACCGCAGUGGAACGGCCAAAGGCUGCGGAAGUGAAGGAAGCCAUUGAAGAGGAUGCGGUAUGUCCAUUUGGGGAAGGGGGUCAAAGUGGGUGUGGUGGGAUGAAAACAAUUUGUACCCCUCUGCCAGUGGGUAAAGGUAAUUAACGGAGGGCUCCUCCAACCCAUUGCUUGCUUAGGACGGCAAAAAUAUGGUGCUAGCAUGCCUAGGUAGGGAGUAUUCUGACUACAGAAUAGUGACAGCCUAUCCCCACACAUUUGGGACUACGCAUAAAAAGGUAAAGGGACCCCUGACCGUUAGGUCCAGUCGUGACCGACUCUGGGGUUGUGGCGCUCAUCUCGCUUUAUUGGCCGAAGGAGCCAGCGUACAGCUUCCGGGUCAUGUGGCCAGCAUGACUAAGCCGCUUCUGGCGAACCAGAGCAGCACACAGAAACGCCGUUUACCUUCCCGCCAGUGUGGUACCUAUUUAUCUACUUGCACUUUGACUUGCUUUCGAACUGCUAGGUGGGCAGGAGCAGAGACCAAGCAACAGGAGCUCACCCUGUCGUGGGGAUUCGAACCGCCGACCUUCUGAUCAGCAAGUCCUAGGCUCUGUGGUUUAACCCACAGCGCCACCCGUGUCCCUAGGGGCUAAGCAUAGGAACGCACAAAUUGCUUUGUUGGAUCAGGCAAAAUGCUGCCUAGUCAGGAUUGUGUUUUCUGUCAGCAGAUUGACUGGGGCGACUUUGGAGACGGAGCAGAGUCGGCGCCUGCCCCUGAAGUGGUUGAUUAUGGGAUCUCCGUUGGAGAAGGAAGUGAGGAGAUAGACUGGGGUAUUUCUCUGGAGUCAGAUGCCCAAGUGAGUGUCUACCAUAUCUGCCUGCCUCUAUAUGCAGACAGCACUUGCAUGCAGUUUGAUUGUACAUGUACAGGGCGCUGUGGAGACGAGCAGCUACAGUGCUAUGAUACUGUUACAUGUCACCCCAAUCUCUUGAGCGGUAAGAGGUUUCAGGGGUGCCUGCGCUUUACCCAGGGCUCAGUUUCCUUGGAAUGAAGGUCAGUGGAGACUGUGGUGUCUUUAGGAUAUAUGGUUUAAUUGACACAUUUCUACUACCUGAGCAUAGGAUGGAGGGGCUCACAGCAUUAACACUCCCAUAGAACCUAGGUUUUGAAGGUGGGAGUCCCAAAGUCCAGCACAGAGCAGGGCAUAUAUCCAUCUCUGCAACUUUCUAGCAUCCAGCUUCAACUCAUGUACACUAUUGUUUUGUAUAAUUUCCUUAAAUUUCAUUGUACACAGGUUGUACAAUGACAAUAAAGGAAUUAUUAUCAUUAUUAUUACUAUUAUUCUAAGUAAGUGGCAACUAGGUGAGGGAUGUUGGGGAAGUCUCACCCAUUUGUCCUAUGGCACAAAGCAACUUCUCUGGAUAUGCUAAAUUGUGGUACUUAACUACCGUAAUUUUCGCUCCAUAACACGCAGUUUUUUCCUCCUAGAAAGUAAGGGGAAAUGUCUGUGCGUGUUAUGGAGCGAAUGCCUACGGAUGGUGGGGGAAUCUGCUGUAGUCGUGAGCAGUCCGUGGCUCGCUUUGAAACAGCAAAGCGGGUGUAAGCGGCUCCUGUCAGCGAGCCAAGCCGGGGAGGAGGGAGAGAAGCAGAGCGGGAGAGGAGAGGAGCCGCUUACACGAGUGUAAGCGGCUCCUGUCUGGUUGGCUGCUUUAAAACAACCCCGUGCUCUAUGUCCCUCUCUCCUCCCCACUGAGCUCGCUAAGUAGCAGCAAAGCUUUUCAGCCAGCUGAGCUGGGGAGGAGGGAGAGAAGCAGAGGGGGGUUGGCUGCUUUAAAACAACCCCUUGCUUUCUGUCCCUGCCUGCAGUUUUUUGCUGUCUGAUUUUGGAUUAGCCACUGUAGGGGCUGUGUGUGUGUGUGCUUGAGCUAUCGUUCUCCUCCUCCUGCUUCCCGUUCACUCUCCCAGCGCCCCUGCGCUCUCCCAGCCCCUGCGACUUUAGGAUUGAUACUGUGUGUGUGUGUGUGUGUGUGUGUGAGAGAGAGAGAGAGAGAGAGAGAGGGAUCCUUCUCCUUCUCUUGCUUCCCGUUCACUCCCCCAGUGCCCCUGCGACUUCCAGCACCCCUGCGACUUUAGGAUUGAUACUGUGUGUGUGUGUGUGUGUGUGUGUGGCAUCAUUCUCCUUCUAUUGCUUCCUGUUCACUCCCCCAGCGCCCCUGCGACUUCCAGCGCCCCUGCGACUUUAGGAUUGAUACUCUGUGUGUGUGUGUGUGUGUGUGAGGCAUCAUUCUCCUUCUCUUGCUUCCCGUUCACUCCCCCAGCGCCCCUGCGACUUUAGGGCGACUUUAGCAUGGAUCCUCAGGAUUUUUGCAUUGGGCUACCCCAAACUCACCAUCAGAUCACAUGUCAGUGGCCACAGCAUGAACCACAAAAAUCAUACAUCCACUGUUUCGUUUAGAAUAUUUUUUUCUUGUUUUCCUCCUCUAAAAACUAUGUGCGUGUUAUGGUCAGAUGCGUGUUAUAGAGCGAAAAAUACGGUAACCAGCUGAAGCCAUCUCCUUGACAGAGGAACUGGUUUGGCAAUCUUCCUCUUAUGCAUUCUACCCUCACAGAUACAGGCUCCCCAAAACUGGAAGGGAUCCCUCACAACAAUAGUUUAUAACCAUUACAGUGGAACCUCUACAGUGGUGCCUCGCAAGACGAAAUUAAUUCGUUCCGCAAGUCUCUUCGUCUUGCGAGUUUUUCGUCUUGCGAUGCACGGUUUCCCAUAGGAAUGCAUUGAAAAUCAAUUAAUGCGUUCCUAGGGAAACCGCCUUCAGACCAGGUCCGGGACAGUCUGUCCCCGGACCUCUUCUGAAGGCUGGGGGGCAAGGGCUUUUCUUCCCACCCCCAGCAUUUUAAAACCCCGGGACAGCGGAGGACUUCUCCGCUGUCCGGGCGAUCUUAAAAUGCUGGCGGGCGGCAUUUUAAAAUCACUCCGGGACAGCGGAGGACUUCUCCGCUGUCCGGGGCAAUUUAAAGCCCCUGGGAAGGCAGGCAGGGGGACAAAGACUUUGCCUCCGCCAGCCUUCAGAAGAGGUCCUGGACCUCUUCUGAAGGCGGGCGGGGGCGAAAGUCUUUGCUCCCCGCCUUCAAAAGCCCUCCGGGACAGGCAGGCAGGGGAGCAAAGACUUUCGCCCCCGCCCGCCUUCAGAAGGUCUUCCCUCCCCCGCCCGGCUCGGAGCACCGCCCGAGCCGGGCGGCGGCGGGAGGUGUUCCCUCCCCGCCCGGCUCGGAGCACCGCUCCGGCCGGGCGGCGGGGGAGGUCUUCCCUCCCCACCGCCCGGCUCGGAGCACCGUCCCGAGGCCGGGCGGCGGGGGAGGUCUUCCUCCCCCCGCCCGGCUCGGAGCACCGUCCGGGCCGGGCGGCGGGGAGGUCUUCCUCCCCACCGCCCGGCUCGGAGCACCGCUCCGGGCCGGGCGGCGGGGAGGUCUUCCUCCCCACCGCCCGGCUCGGAGCACCGCCCGGCCGGGCGGCGGGGAGGUCUUCCUCCCCCCGCCCGGCUUCGGAGCACCGCCCGGGCCGGGCGGCGGCGGCAGGUGUUCCCUCCCCCGCCCGGCCGGAGCACCGCCCGAGCCGGGCGGCGGCGGCAGGUGUUCCCUCCCCGCCCGGCUCGGAGGAGCCUUCCGAGCCCGGCGGCGGCGGGAGGAGGUGUCCCCGCCCGCCGCCAGGCUUCGGAGGAGGUCCGAGGACAGUGGGGAAGACGCGCUGCGCUCCCCGCUGUCCCUGAGAUUUCCCUAUGGGCUGUCGUCUUGCGAAGCAAGCCCAUAGGGAAAUUGCUUUAUGAGCGCCUCAAAACGGAAAACCCUUUCGUCUAGCGGGUUUUCCGUCUUGCGAGGCGUUCGUCUUGCGGGGUACCACUGUACUUACAGACGUAAUCAGUUCCAGAGGUCCGUCUGUAAGUCGAUCCGGGUCGUUGAUAGAAGCACCGUUGUGUGCAGGUACAUUCGGUGGUGGCAUGCUUCUGUGCAUGUGCAGACAGCGGCAGCCGCUUCUGCGCAUACACAAAUGGCAGAAGCCGCUUCUGCGUGUGCGUGAAUCACAGCAAACCUGGUAUUUACUUCCGGGUUUGCCACGGUCACAACUUGGAUCGGGCCAAGUAGAGGCAGUCAUAAGUAGAGGUUCUACUGUAUAAGUCAAUAACAUAUUUUUAAGACAUUCCUUUGCAAGUGUAUGAACCAGAAACUUGACACACACACACACACACACACACACACAAAGAAAAAGAGAGAGAGAAAGAGAUGAAGACUGUGGCCUGCCUGUUUGGCAUACUGUCAUAUAUCGUGAUCACAGCUGUCCUGACUUCAGGCAUCCAUGCAAAUACUAGUCACUGAAAUAUUCCCCUUCUACAGGAGAGCAGCACUGCAGCCAUAGACUGGGGAGAUGGGAGUGAUGACGCAGCUCAGAUCGUGGUGUUGGAGGCUGGCAGUGAGGGUAAGCACCUCUAGCACCCCCUUUCUGGAAGGAGGUGAAUAUGCACACACGCUAAAAAGGGCUGGGGUGAUAUUUGUCGGGAAACAAGGCUAAAAGUCUGAUAAUGAGCUGCUUGAGUCAACUGGAAAAGCGGACUCCAUCUCGGGACUCCUGCAGGACGUGGCAAGUAAAAGUUGUUGAUUUGUAAAAAGAGAGUUUCUGGGGAUAAGGUCUGUCUGGAAGCCACACCUCUUGGCACAGAGUCCCUGCUCUUUGACCCACUGAUUCUCCUCUAGAAAUACCCUCUAGUCCUGGCUUCCUCAAACUUGGCACUCCAGAGGUUUUUGGCCUACAACUCCCAUGAUCCCUAGCUAGCAGCACCAGUGGUCAGGGAUGAUGGGAAUUGUAGUCUCAAAACAUCUGGAGGGCCAAGUUUGAGGAAGCCUGAUCUAGUCCAUAUUAAGUGUUUCUACCUCCACCUCCAAACUGCUCUCUAAAGUGGAAGCAAGUGUGAGCAAGGGGGAAAACAGCAAACCAUGAGGGCAGCUGUGGGAGGGGUUAAGUUUCUCUCCCUUCAGCAGUUCCUCCUUGGCAAAUAAAUAUAACAGGUUGUUUUGUCCUGAGUCAGAGGGAUUGGGGAAAAAGGGGAACAAAGCAUACACAAGAGGGCGCUGUUGGAUAUGUGUUUUCUGCUCCUGCAGUGGGAUUCUUGCACACAAGCCAGCCUGUGUUCACCUCAAUAUACUCUUUCCUUGUUGUAUUUGUUUGAUUUCUUUUUUUCCAGUUGUCCUUUGUUGUCUUAGUAGUUCCCCUCCCUGUGCAUUAGCAGUCCUGACACCUACCAGUUGGUACCAGUUAUACUCUCAGGCAGGCCAUUGUCCUAGCUCCAAAUAGUGGACUGCAGCAGCAUCCCUGUUUGCAAGUAGGUUUUCUUUUGCAAGCAUAUUGAAGUUGACCAUCUAAAGAGAAUGGCAGAUGAAAUUAUUUGAAUAUGUGGAAUUGGCAAAGAUGACAGCGAAAAUUAGGAAAGUUUAACAAGGAAUGGGAUGUUUGCAGAAUGUAUUUGAAAGGACAUUGUUCCCACAUGAAAUCUUUAACAUGCUUCGAUUAACUAUCGCAAUAUAAUAGCUUAUGUUAGAAAUAUACAAUUAAAAAAAUAGUUCAUGCUAAGUCAAACAUUAUAUAAUAGGCAGUUACUAAGGAAUCAGAGGACCCAUGUUGAGGUUGAUGGAAGUCACAACAUAAAGAAGAAAGUGAUCUUAUGUUUAUGUAACAAUUUUUUUUUGUAUUGGAUGUUUUGUUUAUUUUUUGUUUGUUUGUUUUGUAUAGUGUUGUUUGGAUGUUAUAAAUAAAACUAACAGAGAGUAAUUGAAAAAAGAAGAAGUUGACAUUUUAAAAUGAGAAAACUGAAAGAAUUGGAGGCUGCUGGAUUAUGUUUUCUGUUUUAAAUGAGGCAAUUCCUCAUAGCAAGGGAGGAAGAAUCAGUGCAGAGGCCCACUUGCAAGUGCAUCUAUUGUAUAGUCUGCCUCUUGAAACGGCAGCAUGUGUUGGCUUGGGAUUUGGCACUCCUGCCUGCCGUUGUAGGUGGGGAAAUCAAAGGCAAGAUUGGCGAGUCAGUUCACCUUCUGAGUUGGUGCAUCAAUCACAAAGGACUUUGCCAGGAAGUUAAUACUUUUCAAAUUUGGCACUGACUUUCUCAGGAUAAAGUCUGGAAGUUGAGUCUGAGUUAAUGGUACUACCCAGGACCAGGUAAAGACCGCAGCAGCUCUUUCCAGUAGGUUCUGGGACAUGCAGGGGUGGGGAACAAGGGAGAUAGCUGACAAAAGUCUCCACAUCCCAUGCUUCCAGGCCCAGAAUUUUCAGAUGCACCCCUGACUUGUGGAACAUGGGUGUGAGGAUGGUUCAUGGCAGUUGUUGCAAGUAAGGACUGAAAGCAACUCGCUAGUGUGCUGCCUUGCCCUGAUAGGUGGAGAAAUCCUUGCUGCUGUAUAAAAUGCUGCCCCAUUGUUACUUAAGAAUUGGACCCUUAGGAGAGCAUCUUCUCUAUGACAACCUGGGAUUGCCUGUUAUAAAAGAACUAACAAAAUCAAAGUUCUGCAUUUUAAACCUAGUUCUUGUGCCAAGGAAAGUUAGAUUCUGUAACCUAUACAAAUGGUGCAGAAUUAAGCAUAUUUGCAUGUAUUAUUUGCUUAAUCUUGCAUCAUUUCCUCUUGGUUUUUUCCCCUAGCUGUUGAGAGUGGAAAGAACUCUGUGGUCUACUGAAGUCUAGCUCAGCUCACUGGUCUUGUGGUUUCUGAGAUAUACCAAGCAUUUUGCAAAAUUUCCAGUUGGGUUUUGUAGCUAUAAGGGCUGGCUGGCUGGUUGUGUUUUUGUUUUGAGAUGAAGGCUGCAAUUCUCAGGAUGGAGGAUUCUGCGUCCAGCACCAAGUCCCCUUCUUGUGCAGCAUUUCCCAUUUGCAAAUCCUGCUGAUGGUGUGGAACAGUAUUAAAUUGUAACAUCAUCUGAUUUUUAGCCUUGUUUCCCAACAAGUCUGGCCCCGACUUUCAGAAUAGGGUCUUUCCAUUCUAUUUCUAUAGGGUGGGAGUAGAAAAGUAAAGGAGAAGCUGAAUUGUUACUUCAGAACUUGAUAUUCAUAUGUAAAUGAAGUCUAUGAAAUUUAUUUAUAAAUGAAAUCUACUUUUCUUCCCCCUCUGUUCUCUGCAUCCAGCCCCAGAGGGAAUUGCACGAGGACCUGAUGCUCUCACCAUCCUGGAGACCCCAGAGACCAGGAAUCAGUUCAUUGAUGAGCUCAUGGAGGUAACAAGAGCUUUUGCAGUGCUAAGUUCAAACCAGGGAGACUCUGUCACCUUAGAUGUUGUUUGACUCCAACUUCCAGAGGUGCUGAACCCCAGUGCUGAGCCAAAGGCCUGUCAGCUGGGAGAUGCCCCCUAAGCCGGGAUGCCAAGAGACAGAUUCCUCUGAAGAAGUGGCCCUUUUUACACCAGGGACCUUGCUGUCUCCAGCACAGGCAAUGCACGGCAGGACUGGCUGAGAGAGGAUGCAGAGCUAGGUUGCAGGCCAUGGGACUCCCCCUUUAAGGCUCUCCAUUCCGCAGGAAAGAUGAAAAGCUUAGGAAGGAUAGUUUGGCCAAGUACGGUAAUUUGCCUGUGUGGAGUUAUCCAUGGUCCUGAAAUUUAAGCCUGUCUCUAUCUGCCAAGUGACUCUCAGGCAUCAGUUGUGCCCCAUGUUCAGGGCAGGACAGCUGCAUCCGAUCUCAUGUGAUUUUGAAUACAGUCGUACUUUGGAAGCCGAAUGCCUUGCGAGUCAAAGAGUUUUGGCUUCCAAGCACCACAAACCCGGAAGUGAGUGUUUCGGUUUGUGAAUGUUCUUUGGAAGCCGAACAUCCGACCACAGCUUCCGCGGCUUACGAUUGUGUGCAGGAAGCUCCUGCAGCUAAUCGGAAGCCACACCUUAGUUAUCGAACAUUUUGGAAGUCGGACAGACUUCCUGGAAGGAUUCCAUUUGGCUUCCAAGGUAUGACUGUGCAUCUCAGUCCUCUGGCACAUCACUUCUAAGACUUGUCUGGCACGGUGGGAGCAGGGUAGAGAUAACAAGACCCAAGAAACACAAGUGGUUAAUUUCUAAAAUGAGAUGUCAUGGAGCUCAAGCUUGGGUGGUGCCAUCUGAGCUGGAAACUGGGAAAUGAAUGGGAGCUAGCUGGCCUUCAAAGACAAAGGUAGUUUUCUGCACAUAGGAUCGUAGAAUUUUAGAUAUGGAAGAGAGCCCGAGGGUCAUCUAGUCCAACCCCCUGCAAUACAGGAACCUCAAUUAAAGCAUCCAUGACAGGAAGCCAUCCAAUCUCUGCUUAAAAAUCUUCAGUGAGGAGGAGUCCACCACCUUCUGAGGGAGUUUGUUCCACUGUCCAACAGCUCUUAUUUCCUGAUGUUUCUUCCUGAUGUUUAGUCGGAAUCUCCUUUCUUGUAACAUGAAUCCAUUGGUCAUGUAGAUGUACAAAGGUGUUCUUCUUUAUUGCUAUACAUAUUCCAGAAUCGAGCCUUGGCUCUCUAAAGAGCCUUGAUACCUAGUAGGAUUUGGUUCAGAUGAAUCCCUGAGAACUGUCGGCCGUUGUGACCCCCACUGCCUUCAUCUUUGUUUUGAAAUUGAAGGCUUUUUGACAGGCAAGUGUUUGUGCCCUGCUUUCUCACUGCCCUAUGUCUCCUCCUGUCCCUCCCUCACCCACCAAAAGCUGGAGAUAUUCCUUUCCCAGCGCAUUGCUGAGACAAGCGAAGAGGCGGACAUCCUAGCUGUGAGCCAGUUCCAACUAGCGCCAGCCAUUCUGCAAGACCAGACCAAAGAGAAAUUGGAGGCCAUGGUUGCAGUCAUCCACAAUCUUCUUGGCCGGUUGACCAGCUUGAGAAUGCAGCAUCUUUUCAUGAUCCUUGCCUCCCCGAGGUUGGUGAACUUCUCCUUCCUACAUAACUCCUCCCCUUGGGUCAGACCCUCCCUUUCGUAGCACACACAAGGAACCCUUUCUUACCCUUGACGGGCUGUAAAGCAGACAGAUUUCUUUUUGUCUCCGGUCCUAACCGUAACUGUGCCAGUUAUUUGUAUAACGUCAUUCUUGUUUAUAAGACCCAAUAAAUAAAAAAUUAAAAAAGGAAAAACCAGUUCAGGGCCCAAGAUUAAUCCCCCUUGGGUUGAAAUGGAGGAGCGACAAGGAAAAGAUAGGUUGGAAGACAUGGAACGGGGAUUUCAGUGGUAUGGGGCUUGCCUUAGGGAAAGCACAAUUUUGUAGUACGGUUGAAAGUUGGAAUUGGACAUUGUUGGGAAAAACCAUUCAGGGCUCUGGUGUUUUAUUACUGGAGUUUCUGUGACCUGCAUGGUCUCGUGGGUCUUUUUAAAAGUCCUUCAUGGGGAAGGUUUCAUUGUACGUUUUUGGUGGGAGAGGGGAGGUUUCAUUGUUUUGAUUUGGUGCAUCUAAAAUGCAUAACAGCCUGUCUUGAUCCACUCCUAUCUGUGUGCGUUUGCUGUGUGCCUCACCUUAGACAACAGAAGACACUAUAUUUGUGUGAGAAUCUUUGCACUGCGGCACACCCUCUUCCCUUUGAAUCAGCUUCUUACACUUCUGCUCAUCUGCUAAAGCACAGUCUGGAGGCAGUACUUUGCCGAGACUCCUUUUUAAAGAGGAAAACAUGCUAGAAGGGAAAUAAGUUCCAUUCGGUCAAGUGGGGCUCAGUGUUCAUGUAAACGUACUUGCUUGGUGUUGGAGGUUGAGCCAGAUGUUCUUUUCAGUCCGAUGCCAAUCCUGUGAUACCAGAAUCUCUGAGUAGGAUCAACAUGUGCAACAUGUACAACAUGUCCUAAUUGCUAAAAACUGGAAAAAAGAAACUGUGCCAACAAAAAGGGAAUGGCAAGACAAACUGUUAGAGUAUAUUGAACUGGCUAGAUUAACAGAGGCAAUUAGAGAUCACACUGGACAAGAGUUUCAAAAAGCAUGGGGGAAAUGCAGAGAAUACUUCACAAAACAGUGCCCAAAAAUACAUACCUGGACUUGUUUCGAUUAAUGUCUGCAGGAGACUUUGUGGAUACUUAAGUUAUAAUUAGAAAAAUCUUAAUAAUAAUGCAUAAAGGAAACAGUUUAUAAGAAGUAAAAAAGGAGGCCAGAUACAUGAUAAAGGAAGUCUUUUAUUUGGUUGUUUGUAUUGUUGUAUGUUAUGCUCACUGCAUGUUAUGUUCACGUUUAAUGAGGGUGGAUUUCUGUAUUGGGGGGGUGGGAGGGUUUAUGCUUUGUUGUAAAUAAAAUUCCAAUUAAAAACAAAACAAAAACAUGUGCAGUGCUUGAGGACUGCAGUGGACAAGAGUUUGCUUGAAGGCUUUUCAUGGGAUUCUCUUGGGCUUCAGAUAUGUGGACCGCGUGUCCGAGCUCCUCCGCCAGAAGUUGAAGCAGGCGGACCUCCUCCUCCUGAAGAAGGAUCUGAUGGUUCAGAAGCGGCAGGAGGCACUGGAAGAGCAGGCCAGCCUGGAGCCAAAACUUGACAUUCUUGUGGAGAAAACCAGAGAGUUGCAGAAGCUGGUGAGUGCAAUGGAGGGCGGGGGGGGCGGGCGGUUCCCACCUCCAAGUCCAGCUGCGCUAAGUCCUGUAGGCCACUUCCAUUUCAGAGGCACCAGAACACAGGGUGCCUGCUGACCGAGUGCGAUCCAAUGCUGUUGUAAAUUGCCUUGGAUCAAACCCACAGUGGAUUGCAUGUGGAGGGUGGGGUAAAUAUGAGCAAAUAUCACCCAGAGUUUGCAGGGAAGAACUGCAGGUAGGGUUCUGUGUGGUCUGGGAGUUGGGCUUAAGUGGUCUACAAGACUCUUCUCCAUCCAUGCCAUUCUCCAUGUAUGUAAGCCGCAGGGUUCGUUUCUUUUUCUUAGGAAAACGUGGUUUCAGUUUGAAUCAAAAGACGGGGGGUGGAGGGAGCAAGGCUUCUGCUGGUUUUUAAAUAUAUAGAUAUAUAUAUAUAUAAGUAUGAUUAUUUUAUUGAAGUUCACAAUAAAUCUACAAUAACCAAUAGGUUUACAAUGCUGUAAGAAAAUAACCAACUUAAACAAAGUACACUAAACGGAUAUCAACAUACAACUGUACAUUUCCAUUGUAUUUACUAUACUGUUAGAUCUGAGAAAAAAUACAAAUUUCUCCAUAAAUUUAUUUGGUUGAUUUGCUCAUAUUCUCCUAUAAGGGGUUGGUAUUAUUAUUAUUAUUAUUAUUAUCAUCAUCAUCAUCUUUAUUGCUACCACUACUAUUAUAUUUAAAUUUGUAUACUGCCCUAUACUCGCAGGUCUCAGGGUGGUUCAUUUGCACCAAAGUCUAAAUCUUUUCAUGCUCCCCCCCCCCGCCCCCAGUUCUUGGCUACUAUUAUUCUUGCUGCACAAAUCAAACUGGUUACCGCCCCUUGAUCACUGUCUGUGAUAACAUCUUUUAAGCUCUCAUGCUGUUUUUUAAAUCUGAAAAUGUAUUUAUUUAUUUAUUUUGCACAAAUUAUCCCUUCGGGACACAGCUAUAGUACAACCAAAGCUGGGAGCCACGUUCAGCUGAAGGACAACCCACUUAACGGCUUGCUUUUAAAGACUUGCGGUUCCUGAACAUUCACCUGGCAACAAGCAUGUAGUCUAAUGUGGGAAAAGGACCACUUUAGAUGUAAAUCAGUAACUCCCAGCCUGGGUACCUGCGUACCCUCUAUAGAUCAAAGCAGGAAGGGUUGGUGGGUUUGAAGAUCUGUGCAAAUUACAACUUCAGUUUUCUCAGGUGUGAAGGUGCCCAAGGAAUAGCUUCCACGUUCCCCCUAUGGCUGUGUGCAACUGCAGUACUGGCAUGGAAUUACAGCAUUCAAUGCACAGUUCUUAAAAAUCUCUCUCGCUCUUUCUUUUUUGAUAAAAAAAUAAAACGAGUUUCUAGAACUUGCGGCUACGCUAUAAACUUGAAACUAAUAAGGGUGAUAUCUGGGGUUAUCCCAGAAGCUGAGGAGAAGUAGUAGUUUGGAUUUGAUAUCCCACUUUAUCACUACCCUGAGGAGUCUCAAAGCAGCUAACAAUCUCUUUUUCCCUUCCUCCCCCACAACAAACACUCUGUGAGGUGAGUGAGGCUGAGAGACUUCAGAGAAGUGUGACUAGCCCAAGGUCACCCAGCAGCUGCAUGUGGAGGAGCAGGGAAGCGAACCCAGUUCACCAGAUUACGAGUCUACCGCUCUUAACUACUACACCACACUGAUUCCCACCCCCACCUCCCACCACCAGCAGUUUAUUAAUAUUUUCCAAUAACAGGACAGUCACACAAAAGCUGUGUUUCCUUUUGGUAUAAUUUUCUGCAGUUUGGCUUCGGGGGGCCACUGACAAUGGGUAUUCUGUCUUUCAGAUUGAAGCAGACAUCUCUAAACGGUACAACGAGCGACCUGUGAACCUGAUGGGUGCCUUCGUUUGACUCCUUCUCCCCACAUGCAAAAUACACCUUGGACGUCCCUUGUGUGGUUGCAGCAGAUGGCGUCAACCGCACCCCACAACCAAAGGGAAGGGAGGCCAAUUGGUCUUCAGAUUCUGGGAGCAAGGGGCGGCUGGUAGGGACGGCUUCCUGGACUUGUCCCGCAUAGAGCUUUUCAUGCUUAUUAGCAGAUCCCUGAUGGAUAAAUAAAGCUGCUGUCUCCGUUCCAAUUCCGGUGGUAAUUCCGGUGGCCAAGGAAGGUACAAGAUUCCCCAGAGACACACCCCAUCUUAAACCUUUCCGUACACCCCAAGGAAACCAACUGCACCCACUAAUCUGGUAACAGUAACCCCGGGCAUGGCACUGCGGUCGUGGAUCUUUGCUUGGCCUUGGGAUAGACACUGCAGCUGUAGGAGAAACCUCAACACUGGCGAGUUGCACACACUGUCCCUCAAACAGCACUGCUGGGAUGCAAGCCCCUUUCACAGGAUUCAUCAAACUGUAGAGGGACUACGAGUGUCAUCUAUUCCAACUUCCUGCAAUGCAGGAAUCUUUCGCUCGAACCCACAACCCUGAGAUUAAGAAUCUCAUGAUCUACUGACAAAAGCUGAGGAACCUUUUUUUUCAGUUUGAGGGCCUCAUUCCCUUCUGGGCAACGUUCCAGGGGCCACAUGACAGUGGUGAGGCAGUGCAUCAGCAAGAGUAGGUGGAGCAGGGGAUGUAAGUUUUGUGGGAAUGUUCAGGGUGGCAGGAGAGGAUAUAUGGUUUAUUAAUAUCCUUCCUAACUUGCGCUAGCAAGUUCCUUUACUUACCAGAGUUUACAUUCUCCUUCUCACGCACAGCAGAUAACUGGUUGCAGGCUUGUGUGAGCCUCUCACUAUUAUACAAUUUAGUCUGUCCCAAACUGAAUUGUAUGUUCCUGGUAAGUUCCCUUGAAUCCCCCUUAAAAAGAAUAAAGGCUCCACAAA